GGCCCGCGGGCGGCGCCGGGGGCGGUGCCGAGGCGGAGGCGGGCGGUGGCGGGAGCGGGCCCCAGGCCGGCCGCGGGCCGAGCGGAGGGCCGGGCCGGGGCGGGUCCGGGGCCGGCGGUCGGCGGCGCCGCCCGUUCAGGUGUUGCGGCGGCUCCACGUCUCCCAGCGGCCCGCGGGCUGGAGCGGACGGAGCUGGGCCCGCGGCUUGCGUGAGCCCAGGCCGGCCCCAGCGUGCGGAGCCCCGGCCCUGCGGCUCCCGCGAGGCCAUGGCGGGGCCGGGCCCGGGCCCCGGGGACCCGGACGAGCAGUACGACUUCCUGUUCAAGCUGGUGCUGGUGGGCGACGCGAGCGUGGGCAAGACGUGCGUGGUGCAGCGCUUCAAGACCGGCGCCUUCUCGGAGCGCCAGGGCAGCACGAUCGGCGUCGACUUCACCAUGAAGACGCUGGACAUCCAGGGCAAGCGGGUCAAGCUGCAGAUCUGGGACACGGCCGGCCAGGAGCGGUUCCGCACCAUCACGCAGAGCUACUACCGCAGCGCCAACGGGGCCAUCCUGGCCUACGACAUCACCAAGAGGAGCUCGUUCCUGUCCGUGCCUCACUGGAUCGAGGACGUGAGGAAGUACGCGGGCUCCAACAUCGUGCAGCUGCUCAUCGGGAACAAGUCUGACCUCGGCGAGCUCCGGGAGGUCACCCUGGAGGAGGCGCAGGGCCUGGCGGAGCACUACGACAUCCUGUGCGCCAUCGAGACCUCCGCCAAGGACGCGAGCAACGUGGAGGAGGCCUUCGUGCGGGUGGCCACCGAGCUCGUCAUGCGACACGGAGGCCCCGUGUUCAGCGAGAAGACCGCCGACCACAUCCAGCUGGACAGCAAGGACGUCGGGGAGAGCUGGGCCUGCAGCGGGUGCUGACGGGGACAGGGCGGGCAAGCCGGGGCGUCCCCUGCGUGCUGUCCCCUGGCCCGCCAAGCCCAGCCCUCCCGGGCGUCGGGAUUCUGGAACAUCUGGGUGACGCCCUGCAGGGCGGUGCUGCAUCUUGCAGCCCGGGGGCUUGGCGGGAAGGGAGAUCGGGGUGUGGCCCCUCCUCUGCACGGGGGACCCUGGUGGCACAGGGUCACGGGUGUGGGGACCACCCCCUGGCAGCCAGCUCGGCCCCUCCUGCAUCGCCACAUUCCAGAACUGGCCACGGUGCCUUCCAGCCGUUUCCUGCCUUGAGUUUCCUGCUACUUUUUGCAGGGCUGUAGCCGGUGCCCCGGAUUCUUCUUCUAGAUCAUUCCAGGGCCUCAGCACCCAGCUGCAGAACCAGAGCGACCAGACCCCCCCACCCAGAGAACCCCUCUGCCCCCCAAGCUCCUUCCAGGCGAGGAAUCUGCUUCCUUCCUUUUCUUCGCUGCCUUACCAAGACGUCUGGACUUCUCUGGUUUUCUGUGUCGCUUGUCAUUUCCGUGGGCACAGGCCGCAGCUAGCUAGCGACCGUCUGCCGGCUCCGGGUGGGACACACGGUUGUGCCACCCGGGUUGCAAAAGCAGCUAAUCGUGCAGCAGCAGGCGUCACGAGGCUGGCAGGGCGGCGGGGGGUGAUCAGAUGGGAAAUUCGACCUUUUGGCAAUGAAUUGCACAUUUUGCAGAAAAGCAAAAGAUUUUGCAGCCCUGAGGCUGGGAAGGGGGCAGGUCUGCACCCAGCCUGCGCCCCCCAGCCCCCUGUGCAAGGGGGACUCCCCCCGGGUCCCCGUCUAGCUUGCAGAGCUUGCAAAAGCAAACAAGGCCAGGCCUCGGGGGUCCUCGUCCUGGCCGUUUGCGUCCCCACCCCAGGCUGGAGCACCCAGGAGGGGUCGAGCUGGGCUUGAACCCAGGCCCAGGCUGGAAGAGAAGUCGCGACCUCGCAGAGCCCCGGUGUUUUGGGGGGGUCCGUGCAGGGGUGGGGUGGGGGUCUCGGGAGCACAGACCUGGGGCCCCAGCUCCCGAGCACGGCUACGGCUCCUGCCUGUUGUCCCCGGCUGUCCACUGGGGAAGCCUGGAGCUGUCCCUGUUUCCAGGCUGGACGUCACCAGUGGGGGGACUUUUUCUUCCCCAGGACAUAGGGACAGAGGGAGGACAGAAACCUCCUGCCCUCCACCCCUGGGCUGCCACGAGGAUCCAGGGAGGGGCCCAGGGACACCUAGGUGACCGGUGACAGGCUCACUUGUCACCUGGAACUGAACAACCCCCCAUUCCCCAGCCCCCCCAGGCAGAAGCCCCGCAGAGGCUGGAUUGGAAGCGAGGAGGUGGCGGCUGGCCAAGCCUGGGCCCCGGGAGGUCCCUGUCACACGCUGGUGGCCUCUGGGCUCACCCAGCGACUGAGGAAUUUCUGCCUCAACUUUUUUUUUUUUUUUUUUGCACAAGCCCAGGAUGUCAGACAUGCCGGGCAGAAGGGACCCCGCCACCCCCAACCCCACGGCCAAGGGAAGCCCCCCAAAAACGGCUGACCCCAGAGAUCCGGGCUCCCCCGGACUCCUGUCCCCUCUGCCAACCUGCCCUUUGGGUCGUGUCCUCUAGAAUCCACAGAUGACCCGGCUGGGAGCAGAACUGGCCCCACGCAAGCCCACGCCUUGUCCCCCUAGCGCCACCUGGCCAGAAUGACACCCCUGUGACCCCCCCCCCCGCCCAAUCUGAGACGCAAAGCCACUGUCCACGGGCUCAGCCAGGGUGUCGCCGGGAAAGGACACAAAUCCGGACUCCCAGAGGUGGCUGCUUGUCCUCCCAGGAAAGGGUGUCACCCCAGAGACUCAGGUCCCACGGAGCAGGGAGGUGACAGAGUGUCUAAUUCACAUUGAAUUCUGUCCCUGUCCCCAGGGGAGCCGCAGGGCUGGGGUGUCCCCAAGCCGGGACGCUCUGACUCGUGGGGCUCGGGGCAGGCAGGGCGCGGGGUCAUCUGCAUUUGGACAUUUUUCACGGUUCCCUAUUUAUGAAUCUAUGAAUCUUUCUAUCAGAUCUAUUUUUUAAAAACCAUGGAAAAGUUGCCUUUCUGGAAACUUCCAGAGCCAAUGUUCCUGAACCAUUAAACAGGUUUCUGUAACGAG